CAACACACAACAGAGAAAUUAAAUAACUACUACGACUUGCAUUCUCUAAAGUUGAAGAGAGAUCAGAAAGAGGAACAAAACCAGAGAAGAGAGAAAAUGAGUUUUGUUUACCAACUUAUGUAUGGAUUCUUCUUCUUCUUGCUAUGUAAGUUGAUAAAUGCUUGUUAUUUGUCACCCAUUCGAGCUCGGCGAAAGCUCCGAGAGAAUGGAUUAGGAGGACCAACGCCAUUUUUUCCUUUGGGAAAUUUGGGUGAUAUGAAGAAGAUGUUGAUUACAGCUAAAGCUUUAUCUUCUUCAUCAUCAUCCCACGUUAUCUCCCAUGAUAUCCAUUCUUCUUCUCUUCCAUAUUUCGCUCAAUGGCAGAAGCUGCAUGGGAAAGUGUAUGUUUACUGGAUGGGAGCUGAACCAUUUCUAUAUAUAGCAGACCCUGAGUUCCUGAAACAAAUGUCUGGAGAAGUAUUGGCAAAGAAUUGGGGAAAACCUAAUGUAUUUAAAAGUGAUAGGACCCCAAUGUUUGGAGAGUAUGGUCUUAACAUGAUUGAGGGUAAUACUUGGGCUCGUCAUAGGCAUAUUAUUACUCCAGCUUUCUCUUCCACUAACUUGAAGGGCAUGGCGAAAUCAAUGGUAGAAUCCACAACCAAGAUGAUAGGCCAAUGGGAUAGUCUUCUUGCUAAUAACUCGAGCAAAUUCGAACUCGAUAUCGAAAGAGAAGUGACAAUGCUAGCUGGAGAGAUAAUUGCCAAGACUAAUUUCGGAAUCAAUAGUGAAAUGGGAAAUACAUUGUUUGAAAAAUUAAGACAAAUGCAGAUUAGUUUGUUCAAACACACGCGUUAUGUUGGAGUUCCUUACGGUCAAUUAUUGACCAUAAAAAACACCCUAGAGGCCAGAAGAUUAGGGCAAGAUAUUGAUGACAUACUUUUAUCCAUUAUAAACGCUCGAAGAAAAGUUAUUGGUGUUGAACCUCAGCAUGAUCUACUAGGAUUAUUGCUCGAGGGCGAGGAGAAUGUUGACGGACAAUCUACGGCGACGAAAUUGAGAACUAGAGAACUAAUUGAUGAGUGUAAGACAUUCUUCUUUGGAGGGCAUGAAACAGUUGCAUUAGCAAUGACAUGGACAUUGAUGCUUUUGUCUAUGUAUCCAAAGUGGCAAGAAGAAUUAAGAGAAGAAAUCAAACAAGUGAUUGGAGAGAAAGAUGAGAUUGACUUCACCAUGCUUGCUGGACUUAAGAAGAUGGGAUGGGUUUUAAAUGAAGUAAUACGAUUGUAUCCCUCCUCGCCAAAUGCACAUAGACAAGCAAGAAGCGACAUUCACGUAGGAAAUGUAGUUAUCCCUAAUGGCACCAACAUAUGGAUCGAUAUCGUUAGCAUGCACCACGACAAAGCUCUAUGGGGUGACAAUGCUAAUGAGUUUAGACCGGAGAGGUUUGACGGGAACUUAUAUGGCGGAUGUGCACAUAAGAUGGGUUACAUGCCCUUCGGAUUUGGAGGAAGAAUGUGCAUUGGCAAGAACCUGGCCAUUAUGGAGUACAAGAUUGUGAUGUCGUUAAUUCUUCGUAAAUUCUCAUUUUCAAUUGCACCAUCAUAUCACCAUUCUCCUAUGUACUUUUUCUCUUUUAGACCUAGUUCUGGGGUGCCUCUUAUCGUUCAACCUUUGUAAAUCUUUUUUUUUUUUCUAGUAUUAAUAGAAAUGGCUAUGCAAUAUAUUUAUAAGGAGAGUGGACACCAAAUUGGUGGUAGAGUACUCGAGGUCUCGAGCUAAGUAUAGUAAGCCAAGAAGUUCUGUUUAAUUAGGCUAUUGUAAAAUCACCAAAAAGCUAAGCCAAAUAGUGCCUGAUCUUCUACAA